CCUUAAGUCUCUGCGGACAGGAGCACAUUAAUCACCUCGACCUUAAGCCGAAGGCUUCCGGGACUUCAUGUGUGGUCUCCUUCCCCUAUAUAUCCUAUCCGAUCCGCGUCCAUAAGAUAUAUAUGAAUCUACCUUCGUCUGCGUGAGUGUGUGUGUUCGAAACUUGAUACAAACAUACUACAAUUGCACCACCAAGAGAGAAAGAGAGGCUUACUUCUUGGCUGUCAGCCAGCAGACGAGACAACCGAUGGCGAGGAACAGAGACGCGGAGGCCGAGCUCAACCUGCCGCCAGGAUUCAGGUUCCACCCCUCCGACGAAGAGCUCGUCGUGCACUACCUGUGCCGGAAGAUAACCUGCCAACGCCUGCCCGUCCCUAUCAUCGCCGAGAUUGAUCUAUACAAGUACAAUCCUUGGGAAUUACCAGAUAAGGCAUUAUUUGGACAGAAAGAAUGGUACUUCUUCACACCUCGGGACCGGAAGUACCCGAACGGGUCGAGGCCGAACCGGUCUGCCGGGAAGGGAUACUGGAAGGCGACCGGUGCUGAUAAGCCGAUCUCGACCAAGGGGAGCAAGACAACUCUUGCAAUCAAGAAAGCCUUGGUCUUUUACUCCGGGAAAGCACCGAGAGGAGUAAAGACCGACUGGAUUAUGCAUGAAUACAGAGUGGCCGAUACGGGCCGUCGUGCCAACAAGGGAAGCCUGAGGUUGGAUGACUGGGUUCUUUGCCGGCUGUACAACAAGAAGAAUACCUGGGAGAAGAAGCAGCAACAAAGGGCGACGUCCUUUGGAGAGCCCAUCGAUUCAUCGGACGAGGCAUGGUCAGCAGCAGACAGCUUCAGAACACCAGAUUCUGAAAUUGAAAAUGAUUUUGUGUUGCCGCAUUUCAAUGAUCUAGGCAGCCCAUCACAAGCUUCUGCUGGAGUGCAAGCAUGGAGCGCCAGGCAAACAAUUGGCCUCCAGAUGGUGGAAAAAGGUCCGAAAGAAGAUAAUGAAUGGUUCAUGGACUUGAAUCUGGAUGAGUUGCAGAGCACUUACAUGAGCUUGGGAUCAACACCUGCCAUGGAUGCAACAAACCAAGAUUAUUUCUUCCAAUCCUUAGUACCGCCCAUGACGAGGCCAAAUCAGACCAGCAUGCUACCUUUCUGAAUUAAGUGGGAAGUUGAAGAUGUAAAUAAGAGUAGAUGCAAACAUCUAAAGAACACUCUAGGAUUUUUCACUUC